AUGCCGCCGGAAGGAGAGUGCCGCACCUGCGAUUGCACUGCGGACUCCGCCUGCUUCACCUGCUGCUCGCGGCCAGGGAGGCCCAGCGAUGAGCUGCUGCUGCGGCGCAUGCGGAGCUUUAGACGGCCCAGACCGCCCCCUCCGCAGCUGGCGGAGUCGGACGAGGAGGAUGAGCUGGAGGAGGCCAAGCUGUACAAGCAGGCACGGAUCAGAGACUGGCUCCAGCGGAAGGAGGUGGAACUGCAUCAGCGCCGCCAGCGCCAGCGCGCCGAGGAGGAGCAGAUGCGGGAACUGCAAGAGCUGGAGGACCAGCGGAAGGAGGAGCACCAGGCGCAGCUCCUCAGGGAGCGCCGGUUCCGCCUGCGCUGCGCUGCCCUGCGCCAGAAGGAGCUGGACUUGGAGCUGGAGCAGCAUCGGGCCUUCCCACCAGAAGCGCGGGUUCAGGCGGUGGGCGCGCAGACGCUGGCCGCCUACUCCACCCCCCGCAUCGGCAGGAAGCACGCUCGGUGCCGCAGUGCCCGGGCCCAGAGGCUGGAAACCGACACCAGGCUUUCGGGGUGA